GCCGUCAACUGCCAGUUUGCUCGCUGCACCAAGUGUAACGGUCAAUCCCGUGUUCGUCUUGCAUCAGUACGAUAACAAAUAUAAAUACCGCGCCAAUAGUCCCAGAUUUCUGGGGUUUUGGGAUAAUAGUGGAGUGAAGUGUUCUCCAGUGGAAGAUUUCCAUGACGCAGAGAAAGAUGAGUGAGAUUUCCAGGAAAAAGGAUAAAAAUCAACACAUACAAGUUUUCGUGAGGGUCAGACCGGCGAAUAAAGAUGAGAUCCAUGGGAAGUCGUCGACUGUCGUCGAGGUGGCAUCCUCGAAGGACGUCGUGGUGCGGGAGAGGCCACAGGACAGCAAGUUGACAAAGAAAUUCAGUUUCGACAGGGUCUUUGGGCCCAGCUCUAAACAGUUGGACGUUUACAAUGCUGUGGUGAGUCCACUGUUGGACGAGGUCCUGGCGGGAUACAACUGCACAGUCUUUGCUUAUGGUCAGACUGGAACUGGAAAAACCUUCACCAUGGAGGGGGUCUGCAAUGACCCCUCAGUCCAUUGGCAAAGUGAUACGGCAGCUGGAAUUAUACCCCGAUCCCUGAAUCAUCUGUUCGACGAGCUGCGGACACUCGAAGCUCAAGAAUACACAGUUAAAGUGAGUUUUCUCGAGCUCUACAACGAGGAACUCUUCGAUCUUCUCUCAUGCAAUGAUGAUGCAUCGAAAAUUAGAAUUUACGAGGACACGACGAAGAAAGGAGCAGUAAUAAUCCACGGUCUAGAGGAGGUGACAGUUCACAACAAGAACGAGGUGUACAAGAUCCUGGAGAAGGGCUCAGAGAAGCGACAGACGGCAGCAACCCUGAUGAACGCCCACUCGUCCCGUUCCCACACAGUUUUCUCGAUAACAGUCCAUAUAAAAGAGAAUACAGUGGAGGGUGAGGAGCUCUUGAAGACAGGAAAGCUGAAUCUAGUGGAUCUGGCAGGGUCUGAGAAUGUUGGUCGUUCAGGAGCAGUGGAUCGUCGAGCCAGAGAAGCAGGAAACAUAAAUCAAUCUUUGCUGACUCUGGGUAGAGUGAUAACGGCCCUGGUAGAACGAGCACCACAUAUUCCCUACCGAGAAUCCAAGCUGACUCGGCUCCUCCAGGAGUCCCUGGGGGGUAGAACUAAGACAUCGAUAAUAGCGACAGUUUCACCGGCUGCUCUCAACCUGGAGGAGACCCUCUCAACUCUGGACUACGCCCACAGGGCAAAGAACAUCACUAACAGACCAGAGAUUAAUCAGAAGCUCUCGAAGAAGGCUCUCCUCAAGGAGUACACUGAGGAGAUCGAACGUCUUCGGAGGGAUUUGCAAGCAACACGAGACAGAAAUGGGGUUUACCUGGCUCACGACAACUACAACGAGCUCCAAACGACAAUCGAAUUCCAGGGGAAGGAGAUCGAGGAGAAGAUAAAUCACAUAAAAGCCCUGGAGGAGACCAUGAUUAAUAAGGAGAAAAUUCUCGACGAGUUGAAGAUGUCACUGGAGCAGACCCAACACCAGGUGAAGAUCACGGAGCAGGAGAGGAAUGAGCAGAAGUACCUGGUGGAAAGGCACGUCGUUACCGAGAAGAAACUUCUUAAUCAGGCCAGUCAACUCCUCAAGGUCGUGGAGAUCGCCACAAAAGAUACAUCGAAGUUGCAUGAAAAAAUUGAGAGGAAAAAUCGCGUUGAGCAAGAGAACGAGCACCUAGGGGAGAAAUUUCGAUUGAACAUCGAGAGGCAGUUCGAAGAGGCCAACGAGCAGCUGUCCAAUUACACCCAGGAGCUGAUUCAAUUCUCCCUCAGUACUAAAGACGAGAUCAACUCCCUGACGUCGACGAACUCCAAGGAGAUCCAGAAAGCGAUUAAAUUAAUCUCUGGGGAGCUCCUACAGGGGGAGCAGAGAGUAAUCACGAAAUUGGAGGGUGGGAUUAAUAAUCAGCACGAGGAUUAUGCCCUGAAGCUGGAGGACCUGGUCCAGGAGUCGUCCAAAGCCUCUCUCGAGGAGAUUGAGCUCCAGAAAAAAAUGAUUUCCAUUUUUUCUGAAAGAAUUCAGGAGCUCGUGAAAACGGGAAUUGCGGACAAUCUCAGGAGAAUCGAGGAGGAGAAUCGGCGGAAAUUGGAGGAGCUCAGGGAUUUCAUGAGCAGAACCGUUGCUGCUGUGUGUGACAGACUCCUCGAGGACAGGAAUCGACUGAGUGAUAAGAUAAAUGUUUACACUGAUAGGAUAAAUGAGACAAUCGCAGCGCAGACGAGUCUCUCCAGGAAGAAGGAGAGCUUCUUUGAGAUGUUUAAGGAUUGCUUCAACGAGUACGAGAGAAUUCACGAGGAGGAGGUGAUGGUAAACGAUACGGCGAUGACAGUCUCUGAGGAGGGGCUCGAAUUUUGUAAAGAUAUCGAGGUGCAGAUGGAUAAAAAUCUCAAGAAUCAAACGGACAUCGAUAAAGUCGUCAGUGGAGAGUUCUCGGAAAGACUCCAGGGGAUGGGAGAAAAGCUCUCAAGAGAUCUGGAAGUUAACUGGCAGAUAGCAGAGGCCUCAGUUCUCCAGGGGGCAGCUGUCUCUGGAGAUGUACAGAAGCACUUGGAAGGUAAUUGCGAGAAGCUCCAGGAGUUCAGCAAGCGGAUUUCAUCAAAGUCCUCAGAGCUUCGGGACAAAAUGAGCUCCGACAGGGCCGAGGUCCUCUCCUCUGUCCAGGAGGUGCACAAACUCGUGUCUGACGUCAGUGUUAAUCAUGAAGAGCUCAUGGAACAACACAGGAGGAGAAUCGAGGCGACAGCUGGAGAUAUGUGCAAAAAACUGGAGAACCAGAGUGUUCAGUCCAGUGAGUGGAGCACACAGAUCUCAUCUUACCUGAGAACGACUCAGCACCAGGUCGAUAAAUUCGUUGUUGAGGACAUGAGGAAGGACGUACCCAGUGGCACAACACCAGCAAAACGAGAUUUCAAUUAUCCCAAGCAAUUGGUGAUGACUUCACCUCACGAGAGGAUCAUCCAACGGUUCAGAGAAAUGAAGUGUCUCGAGGAUUCGCACGAGGAUACUCUCCGGGCGCAGGAUGAAACCCUAAAAUGCUCACCUGUAACCUGUCAAGAGAGCAAUGAGUCUUUUGCAUCGUUCUCCACACCAUCUGACACAUCUUUCAUCGAGUCUGAUAAACUCAAUGGCUUCACAAAAUCUGCGUCCACUUCUGAUUUAUCUUCUGUUGCGAAAAAUCUCACCAAGGAACUCGUCAUGAGAUCCACCUCCGACGUCGCCUGCAAGAAGGAUAACAAAGAGAAUGGAAUCGAGGGAUUUGUCAAACCUGGAGAUUUCAAGAGUGCGAAAGUCUCGAAGCUCAAAAAUCCAACGAGGAGAAUUCUAUCUUCUUAUAAUGAAUAGAUUAGGUCUUUCUAUUUCCCAAGGGAGAAAGCACUUCAAUUAAUUUUAUUUGAUUACUGAAAAUGAGGCAAUUUUUUGUGUACGUAUGUGGCCAUUGACGAUUAAUCUCUUUAUUUUUUAUUAAAAACACAUAUUGAUGAUCUUUUGUGGUUUUUUUUUAUUUUACAUUGCAUUUUUUUUUAUCGGAGGGGAUUGG